UGUCAGUCGGGUGUCCCACUUUUUGUGCUCACGACUGUACAAGCAAAUAUUUAUGUUAAUGUAAUUGAUAUAUUUCUUACUUCGAAUCCGAUUAGGUAACGAGUACUCGAAUUACGAAUAGCAGCUAGAAUUUAGAAAACUCUUUUGAUAGCAGUACAUUUUCGGAAUAGUUCUAGAAUAGUGCAACGAAAUCCGAACGGGUUGUUUUCAACUACGCGUACUCCGAACAGAUUCUAGAACCUGUUCUAUUAACGUGAUCGACAUAUUUUCGGAUUAGAGCAUGGAAUAGGAAAACACAAAAAACCUUCAAAAAACAAACCUAACCGUCAUAACCUCAAUCAAAGCUUGUGUCUGUAAAGUUGUAAACGAACUGCGGAAGCCGAUUUUGGUGUGUCUCAACGCCAAAUUCCUCCUUCGAAUUUCUUUGAGUAAGCUUUUGCAUAGAUUAUUGCACUAAAAUGAGUAAAGCGCGAAAGCCCUAUUCCUCACGCCCAUACUACAAUAAACCUGCUCCAAAACGUUCAAAUGUGGAGGUGAAUCUCAAAGGAUUUUUGUGCAGCUGCAACAACAGAGAAAAAGAUUGUAUAAGGGAAACCUAUAAUCUAUUAAACAAGUACGCUGACAUACUGUGGCCCCCGGAACCUGCUGAAUCCACUUCAGCAGAAGCUCAAGGUGGUAUUGAAGAGGAUCUUCAAAAAGAGUUGCAAGUGUUACGUGCCGCAACUCCUAGAAGAUUCCAGGUGGUAGAUUCUGGGGCAAAAAACUUUUUAUUCAUCAAGACUACUGUUGAAGAUCCUGUGAAGCUAGCCGAGGCUAUUAUGAGUGAAAUUUUUGAAAAAAAGACUCAGGAGACCAAAUUUUUGCUGAGGCUCGUACCAGUUGAAGUAACUUGCAAAGCUAAGGUGAAGGAGAUAGAGCAAGCAUUCCAGGCUCUGUGUGAGAAAUACUUUUCCACUAGUGCGAAAAGCUUUUCUGUUAUCUUCAAUCACAGAAAUAAUGACAGUGUUUCGAGGGAUGAAGUCAUAAAAACCAUCGCGGAUAAUGUCCUGAACCAAGGCACAUCCAACAAAUUGGUACACAAAGUCGAUUUAAAAAAUGCUGAAGUGUCCAUUGUAGUUGAAAUUAUUAGAGGUUUUGCAUUUUUGGCUGUCGUACCUGAUUUUUACAAAUAUAAAAAAUAUAAUUUGUUGGCAUUUAUUGAACCUGAAGCUGAGGCUCGAGCCGAAGGCGAUUUAAAUACUGUUGAAGAAACUAAUGUUGAGAAUAAAAAUGAUACUAAUUAAA